UUAAUUUAGUUUUCAUCGUUUUCUAGUUUAAAUGUACCUAUCAUUAAUUGUAUAUUUGUAUUAAUCAUUUUAAUUCUUACCKGGUUCUGUUGAAAUAUUAACUUAAGUUGCUAAGUCUUUAAUACCGUGGUUAUAGUACUUAUAGUGCUGUUACAGAUAUCAUACUGUUUACCAUUUAGCACGUGCUAUUUUGCUAUUGCUUAAUAGUUUAAUUUGGUUAACAAUUAAAUUGUAAACUUUAUUAGUUACUUGCUUAUUUUUUUUAGGAGACUAAGUAUAUCAUGGUUGUAUUCACUUGUAAUAAUUGUGGCGAUUCAGUGAAUAAGCCUAAAGUAGAAAAACACAUUCAAUAUGAAUGUAAACGCAAAAAUUUUGCUGUUAGCUUCUGUUGUGUCGACUGCUUAAAAGAUUUUAACUAUGAGACUGUGAAAGAUCAUUGUCAGUGUGUAACCGAAGACCAGAGAUAUGCUGCUAAAGGCUAUGUUCCUAAACCAUCAGCUGAAAAGGGAAAACGUAAACAAGCUGGUUGGGUUGAUAUUGUUCAGUCAGUAAUGAACAAUAAAAACUUGCCUAAUGAACAAAGACAAUUUUUGAAUAUUAUAGCCAAGUUUGAUAAUGUCCCAAGAAAAAAAAAUAAAUUCCAGAUAAAUACAAUGAGAGAUUGUAUAUUAUACUUCUUAAUUGUUAAAAAGUUGAAAUAUUGCUACUACUUUUCUGAUAAAAAGCCAAGUAUUACAAUUGUUAAUUUAUGA